UGUAUAAAUGAAUCAGUCAGAUUCAGCUGUCUACAGAGCUUUUACCUACAUCAACAUCAACAGUGACCUUAUUUUGUUGAGUGUGAAGGAUGGUGCGAUCAGCCAUGAUGUUCCUCUUGUUGAAUCUCCUGGGACUGGCAGGCUCUAUUGGCGCGACCGUCCCAAGAAAUCUUGCCUUGCGUGGAAAAGCUACACAGUCAGACCUCAUCGAGAACCCAUGGCACGGUUACAGUCAUGCCUCCAAUGCCAUUGAUGGGAACCGCGAUUCACAUUUCCAUCAUGGGUCCUGCACUGCCACUGACGAAUCCACUAACCCCUGGUGGAGAGUGGACCUGCUUGAUACCUACAUAGUCACCUCCAUCACCGUCACCAACAGAGGGGAUGCUGUUCCUGAGAGGCUUAACGGGGCUGAGAUACGAAUAGGAAAUUCUUUAGUGGACAAUGGCAUUCAUAACCCUCUGGUUAAAACAAUUCCCUCCGUUCCAGUCAGCAGUUCUCUCACCCUUGCCUUUGACCCAGGCUUCAAAGGACGCUAUGUGACUGUGGUUCUACCAGGGCAGAAAAGACUUCUGACACUCUGUGAAGUGGAGGUUUAUGGCUACCUUGCCCCAACUGGAGAGAAUGUGGCUCUAUAUGGAAAGGCCACCCAGUCAUCUUUGUAUGGGUUUGGCAUUCCAGGCAAUGCUAUUGACGGGAAUCGCAACGCUAUUUGGAUAGGAGGGUCCUGCACCCACACUCUACAGGACAUCAACGCCUGGUGGAGGGUGGACCUUCUGAAGACCUACAAAGUGUUCUCCAUCAUCAUCACCAACACAGUCGACAGUGUUCCCAGCAGACUCAAUGGAGCUGAGAUACGCAUUGGAGACUCCCUGGAAAACAACGGCAUCGACAAUCCUAGGUGUGCUGUGAUCUCCUCUAUCCCAGCUGGCACUUCUAGCACCUUCCAGUGUCCAGGCAUGGAGGGUCGAUAUGUCAUCUUGGUCAUUCCAGGGAGGAAGGAGUACCUGACCUUGUGUGAGGUGGAGGUGUACGGAUCACCCCUGGAUGGGACUGGGCCUACAUGUAACUAAAUCAGAUCGUUAACUCUUAACAGCACCCUGCAAUGUUUGGGGAAUGUAUUGUCUUACGAAAAACAAUGAAUGUUUUUUACUAUAUUUCCAGGGGUGGCAGGGUAUCCUAGUGGUUAGAGCUGUUGGACUAGUAACUGAAAGGUUGCAAGUUCAAAUCUCUGAGCUGACAAGGUACAAAUCUGUCGUUCUGCCUCUGAACAGGCAGUUAACCCACUGUUCUUAGGCCGUCAUUGAAAAUAAGAAUUUGUUCUUAACUGACUUACCUAGUUAAAUAAAGGUAAAAUAAAAAAUAUGUUAAUUAUCAAAAAUGUAUAUUUAAUUUCAGUAAACAAAAACAAAUUUGGUCCCCUGUUCUGGAAGUUCUUCUUGCACACAGUUUUUUGGAAGUUUAGGUAUAAAUUAGCCAACAUUUUGUGUAACACAAAAAUAUUCAUAAAUUUUUUUGUUGCCUAAUUAUUGGUUAGAUGGUUCUCAUUCAUACUUAGAAAUACAUAUAAUGAUGUAAUACUAUUGCUAUUAUGCUAAAAUGAAUUAAAGGUGAAAUCUUGGAUCUGGAA